CGCGGACUUUGCGGCUUUGGCGCGCUGUUCAAAAGCGCUAAAGUCUAAAACCCGCCGAGUCACAGAGACAGACAGCGUCACAUCACCGGCACCAAGGCAGGAAUAAACUGUUCACCUUACUGAACAGCAAAACCGACUCAUAUCAGCUAACAGACACUGUGGUGACAUGAGAAUGUCAAACUGUGCAACAAAGAAAAGAAAACAUCCCUCUCCGGAUUCUGGAAGUAAUCCGGCUAAGAAGAAAGUCUUGAGACAGGAGAACUGUUUGAGGAGAAUGUCCCCUCGACAGAAGGAGAACUGCCCUUCCCCACUAAAAUCGCCGAAAAGGUCUCGUGCCCCGUCACAGUCCCCCAGCACACCUAAAAAGAUACCAAGGGCCUAUGCGUUGGAGUCCCCUCCUAAAAAAGCAUCGCCUGUCAAAGACACAGUGGUAGCAGGAUCCUUUUACAGCAAACAGAAGCCACUGUAUCUGACACCCCUUGAAAGAAAGCUUCUAAAGGAGGCCAAAUCUCUUCCACUGAUAACCAGCAAAGAUCAGUCCAAUGUUGCUGAGUCUACAGCGAAGCCCGUCAAAACCAAAAAGCCUAAAACGAAGAUUAAUGUCAGCAGCCAGAAAUCGAAUUUAAAAGGCUACUUUUCAUCCAAGCCGAACAGCAGCAGUUCUUCCGAUCCAGAUUCAUCCUUAAAGAUGGCGGAGGUAAAGAAAUCAGCCUCUAUUACGUUUGGCAGUUUGAAAUCCAAAAACAAGCCCAGGAUUGUUGUGGGUGCUGCUUUCUUUGGCACUGGUAAAAAGCCCACUUCAAUGUAUAAGACACAUGCACAGAAACCAAGGCCCAAACAGCCUGCAAGCUUACAGAAGCCCACCUCAGAAAAAACCACGAUGGAGAAAGAAGUGGUUGCGGCUCCAAAGGAUCAUUCUCCAGUGCGCCAGGCUGUCUUCACCAGCAAAUCCAAGCCAAAUCCUCAGUUGUCAUCCAAAGUUGCUGACCAUGAUGCUGCUGAGUGUAAAGAACCAGCAUCAAGUCCUCUGCCUAUGAGCCCUUUUGGCACUGGCAGGGAAUUAAGGGUUGUUCUGAGGAAAUCUGUGUCUCCCAUCAAAUCCUGUAGUUCUAAUGCAAAUGAGCAGGGUUCACCCACAAAACCUGGUUCUGAUUCAGCGUUGGACAUUAGCGAAAUUAGCCCGUCGAGCAAUGACAUCUGUGCAGAUAACGGUAAAUAACUGUUUCAGAAUCUUUCGGCUGUAUACCCCAUCUUUGGCUCCAAAAGGUCUCAGAAGAACGGUGGUCUGUCUUCGCCCCUGAACUGCAGCACUCCAUCUGCCCUCACCAGCACCUCGUCUCGCUUGGCCAAAGAGAGAAGUGCCAGGAGGAAGAAGGAGUUGAAGAAACAGAAUGACGAUCAGCUCGUCAUAGAUGCUGGCCAGAAGCAGUUUGGAGCCACUACAUGCGGGUCCUGUGGCAUGCUGUACAGCGCAGACAGCCCAGAGGACAACUUCCAGCACACUCAGUUCCACCAGCGCUUCCUGGACACAAUCAAGUUUGUGGGCUGGAAGAAGGAGAGAGUUACUGCAGAAUUCUGGGAUGGAAAAAUCAUCCUUGUCCUUCCUGAGGAUCCUAAGUAUGCGACUAAAAAGGCAGAGGAUGUGAGACGCAUUGCAGACACUGAGCUAGGCUUUCAGCAGGUUUCCCUCAGCAGCCCCAAUGCUGCCCGAACAUACUUGUUUAUCAAUAGUGACAGGAUGGUGGUUGGUUGCCUGGUUGCUGAACCCAUUAGACAGGCAUUCAGGGUGCUGGAACAACCAGAGAAAACAAAGGACAUGACCAAAGAAGACUUUAUGGAGCGACACAGAGCCUGGUGCUGCUCCACUGUGCCUGAGAAAGCUAUUUGUGGAAUCAGUCGUAUCUGGGUCUUCAGCCUGAUGAGGAGGAAGGGCAUUGCCACACGUAUGCUAGACACAGUCAGGAAUUCAUUUAUGUAUGGAAGUCACUUGACCAAAGAGGAAAUUGCCUUCUCUGAUCCCACCCCAGAUGGCAAGCUCUUCGCAACAAAGUACUGCGGAACCCCAGCCUUUUUGGUGUACAACUUCAUCGGCUAAUUUUUGUACUCCGUUCCACACAAGUGAUUUAAUGUUUGUUAGCAUUUCAUGCUUUUAGACUGAGUGACUGCUGCUGUUGCAGCUUUAUCUUUAAAACAAUUACAUUAAAUACUAAGGGUUGUUUUUCCUGGCAUGCAUUGAAGGGGAAUUCCAGGUCCCCCACCCCCCCCAAAAUGUAAACAGUCAUUCAGAGUUGUUUGAAGUGAAACGCUUUUCUAGAGAAAGUUGUGGUGGCGAUAAGAAAAGGCAUUAAUGCCCAAAUGUUUUGGCCCAUUACUUUUUUUUAAUCUAUUCAUCACAGAGAGGUACAUUUAGAAUAUUGUAAGACAAAAAAGACUUGGUUAUUUUAUCAUAAUUACACAUUAAAAACAUAGAACAAAUAUGUAGGUUCACUGGUCAGUUUUGGUAGUAAAUAAAAUUGCUAUAUUUGUGUUCAUGACCCAUGGUUCCUAUUGCCACCACUAUAGUUUCUCUGUAUUCGAGUUUCACCUCAAACCUCAAGGACAGUAGUGGAAUUUGAAUUCACCUACAGAUUAAUUCAGGAGUCCCAGAAACCUGUUUCCUAAAAAAAGUAAUCUGUUAACAUUGUUACUGAACUGUUUGGCGUUUGAAAAGUUCAUUUGACUCCCUUUGUUUUACUACCCCGUUAUAGUUGCUUGUAGACUUCUAGUGACCCAAAUUAGGCUGAAAUCCUGUCCUCAGGAACAACAAAGCUCCCAUCCUGAAUGUUUUAAAUGCUUU